GGGUUGUACAUCAUGUUGUUCUGGCACUACAUCAUCUUGUCCAACUCCUAGGAUAGGUGAGAUCAGAGACCUUAUGAUUGACCCUGAGGCCUCUGAGUUGGUAAGUACCUUUGUUUCAGACAUGGACAAUCUUACCCAGUCUAUCAGGGCAUCCUGCUCUCCUGCACAGAGUGAGCAGAUCCUUCUUGAAAACCAUCAGAGUAAGAUCUGGUCUUACACUGUUGGUUGUUACUACGACAUGAAAAAUACGCUGAAGAGGAUUCUUACCUGUCCAGAAAAAGGGUAUCUCGCAAGUACAUUUGUGGAGAGCACAAAAGAUUAUUUCACAAUGGUUCCAACUUUGUGCCUAGACAUCGGUCAUUCCAGUAAUGGUGAGGCUGACACAUCGGACUCCAUUUCUUGUAAACCACUUUUAAUAACCCCCUCAUCUAUGAAUGAACAAAAAGGACAAAGUGAGACCCCAAAACCUCUCUUGGCUCUCAAAAAGUAUUUGCAAGACCAAGUCCUCCUUGACACCACAAAAGCGAUUGCCAGCCAGGUUCUUGUCUUGUAUAAGACUGAGGUGAUGGAGAAGUUCUCAUCUUCUGUUGGAGAGUGUGAUUCUGAAGAGUCUCUGGAGGCCAUUCUAUUUGUGGAUGGCAUCAUGUCUGACUUGAAUGAUUUCACCAGUUCGUGUUCCCCCUCACCAUCUGAGUUGUUAGACAGUGAACAAUGUCUCUCCCAUCUCACUUUUCCACUUGGUCUGCAGGACAGGACCACCAACAGUGAAUCUACCCAGAGUCUUCCAGUUAUAAAUAUGAAGAAACUCUCCAGUGUGUCUUUCCAGACAAAGGCUAGAAAGGCAGUGAGCGAAGCCCUGAGAUCUGUCAACCCCUUUACAAACAGCUUACUGGGAGACUCUGAAGCAUCUAAAUUGCUGGACACUUUUGUAACAGAUGUGGAGACUAUUGUUCAGUCCAUGCAGGCACAUCACUCUGAAAAUGUCAGAAUUUCAAAAGUGAGCACCCUUUCUGCUGCUCGUAUUAUAUAUCAUAGAUUUCGAGAAAUGCUGAGGCGGUUUCUCACUCCCUGCCAAGACUCUGUAAAGGUCAUCGAUGGUGUUACACCAAUACAUGAUGAGACUCUCAAACAGGCUCCUAGUGAAAGUUUAGAUUCUCAGGUGACUUGUAAUAGGGAUUCUCUUGAAAUCCAAGCGGACCUUCAAACCUGUACCAAGGAGGUCAUUAGUCAGAUCCUCACUGUGUAUCACUCUGAGGAAUCCAUGGAGGAAUACCUCUCUAGCCUAAAAGGAGAUACAGAAGACCUGUCCAAGCUUUUGGAUGCCGUUGUUUCUCAGAUUGACGUCCUUGCCGCCUCCAAAUCAUAUUUAUCUGUUGAUGACUAUGCUGUCAAUACACAGGACAAUUUGCAUGGUGAGAUCAACAAUGAUGAGGAGGAAGCAUCCUCUAGAAGUCUUAAAUCCACAGCCUUUGACAAAUUAUGUACUGAUGAGUUUCAAACUAAAGCCUCACAUUUGGCUGGUGGGAUCCUUCAAUCAGGGUUGAUUGCCAUUGUAAAUACCAGCCUUGAUGGUAGAAGUGCAGACAUUUGUACAGAGUCCAGUAAUGAUGGUGAUGAUAGAGAUUUCAAAAUCCUUCAGAACCGUGGAACUCCACCUUUGUUCACCUCUUCUCUGCACACCAAUUCUGCAGCAUCCAACAUCGUCAUAAGCAUCACUAAAGACCUUAAUAGCAUCACCCAGAUGACUAAAAUGUCUGAUGCUUCAGUGUCUGGCCAGUUAGAGAGAUCCCUGUCAGCUUCAACCCUUCCUGUCAGUGUUCACAACGGGGUCAAUGUGAAAGGAAAGAUCAUUUGGCCAGGCACUGUUAACCUGUUCAACAAUGUGUUCAUCAAGGUCAAGGAUUUUUUUGCCCAGCAACAACCAGUACUCCUAGACAAUGUGGUUGAGGCCUCCAAACAUGCCGAAUCCAUAUGCAGAACAGCUACUUCUACACAAAUUACUUACAAUGAACAUGAAGGCAGCCAGACCAGCAUGGUAAAUUAUUCCAAAGCCUUAAUUAGUCAGACUCUGAUGACAAUCCAGAGGAGAGUGUUUAUGUCAGAGAGGAUGAGCACCUCAGAGAAAGCCCUCUUGACUCGUUCCAUCGUGGGCUCCAUGUUGGAGGAUGUUGACAUGGUGAGAAGUGAUGGACACGAGAUACACCGGCCAUCCUCCUCAAAGUCCUCCCUGUCCAUCACCUCUGCCAUGACCAGAGGGUCCCAGAGUGAUUUGACAAAUUCUCUUCCAGGCACUCCAGUCCCCAAUGAGUGGCCUGUUGAAAUCUAUUGUCCUAUCAUUAGGAGUUCGGUCAUUGAUAUGAGUGACUCCUCAACUCAUUCACAAGGGUCAACAAAUUACACAAGGCAAACCAUCUCUGCCAUAGUUGACACUGUUAUGGAGGUCAUUCCAAGAGAAGAUACGAAACACACAGCCACUGCAGAUGAUGUCACUUCUUUUACAAGAAGACUUGCGAGACUCAGCCCCAGGGACGGUCUUCAGAACUUCUCACAUGAGCUCACUGACAAAGUUUAUGAGCUCAUAAAAAGUCACAACACCCCCCAGGCUCUUUUUGUGCCAGCUGGCAAGAGCGUGUCUGACUCUAUUCUUUUGAAGCUGAAGACAGGAUUGAAUGCUUCUGAAGAAUCCAGGGAGUUUCCAUCUGACCUUGUAUACUCCUUUGCUACGGAGUCAAUAAAACGUCUGCUACAGCAGAUUGUCUUCUGGCUUCCUCCACCAUCACAAGGAUCCGAUUUCUGCCAAACUAUCAUCUCUGAUGGUUCUCUGCAGGAAACAAGUUGGCUUAUGCCGAGCUCUUCUGCCAUCUCCAUUAGUUCCUCACAGGUUUACUUUGACACAAAGAGCCUUUUCACCAAUAUAAUGGUCAAUCAGGUCAUGGAUACCUGUUCUGUGGCCUCCAAUUCAUCAGAAGAAUUAUCAGAGUUGAUGAACAUAAUCAAUGGGUUGUCCCCAACUGAUGCUGGAACACUUGACUCUGACAGACCGGCUCUCAUGACCACUAGCCGUCAGUCUAGUUCCAAAUCAUUGCCUAGACCCCCUCUGUCUGGCAGCAGCACACACAACGGUGGAACUGUGGAUAUUCAAGUUUUAGGAGAGGUGGAAUCCAAGAUGGACAACAAAGAUCUGGAGAUGUCUAGUGUCUCUGUGCAUCCAUCAACUCCAUCAGCCAUGGACUCUGAGACACAUGCAUCAUUUGACUCCACUAGCAAUGACUACACCUCUUUGGUACUUUUACUGAUUGUUAGAUUGCUGUCAAUGAUCACCCCUAUCACAUUACUGGAAUCCUCUGACAUUGGUGAAACAUCAAGAGUUCUCACAAAGAGGAUUCUGUCUGAGUUCUGUGGCACCUCAGGCCUUGAACCAACUCAAGCCUACCCCCAGAAUCUGAAAAUCAAAAAGAUUUUCAAGGCUGUCUACAAGGGGCUUCUUCAAGAAUUUGGGUCAGAGAAGAUGCUCCAGGUUGCAAUGAAGUCAACGGAUUAUGCAUUUGACGAUGCCCUGGUCAAAUCAUUAACUAGGGAACUACUAGCUAAAUGCAAUGAGGCUAGCUCUUCACCUCCCUCCAUGACACAGUUGUCAUCACACAAUGUACUUGGCAGUGACGAGGUAGGUAAUUCUGGGCUUCCAACAACUUGUAGAAAGGAAAAGAAGAGAGGAAGAUUCAGCGCUCUCUGUGGACUCAACCCAAAGUGUACAAAGAAGGUCAACAAGAAGAACCACUGCACUCCAACACCUUCCCAGAACCAGACCCCUGCCGUCAGUGAAAAAGCAAUUGUCAAUGAUCAACAAUCCUGCCGAACAGAGAGUGUAUGCUCCACCAAGAAGAAACCAAGGAAGCGCUCGCUCAUUUCCAGGAUGUUUUCAGCUAUAGGCAAAGCCUUGUCCAGUCCCUUUACUUCCUGCUAUAAAAAGAAGAGUACCUAAUCUAUAUUUCAAAAUAAAUAUUUGAAAUUAACAUAAUUG